CCGCUAAAUCCAAAAAAAUAAAAAAAAAUGUGACUAGAUACAUUCUCUUCGAUUUACUUUGUAAAUUUUAUUCAAAUUUUGUUGUUGUGUAUGGUUUAUCAUUGUAGUCCGUUCAAUAUUUUGUUAAUUAGUGUUGUUUUUUACCCACCACUUAAGAGUUAUACACUGAAAAUAAAUUAGAAGAAAUAUUUGUCACCCACAUUAUCCUACUUUUUAAAUCAUUUUUGAAAAGGACUAUUCAGUUUUCAAAGAUGGAUUUAAUGCUAUUUAUACUAUCGCUUCUUCUAACUUAUCAAAUGGCGCUCUCUUGGCUAACCUCGAAAAAGUACAUAACCAGAGACAAAAUUAACGACUGUUUAAGUGCCAAUAGAAUAUUUAGAGAUCCAGAUAUCGAUAGAUCAUUAAUUAACUGUGCCAUUGAUGAUUGCGAAGGUACAAAAUAUAGAACAUUUAAUACGAGAGACGAGUAUAAGAACAGUUCUAGUUAUCAUCCUGACAGUAUAGGUUAUUCGGGAAACUACGUAAAUUUUACUACUUUCGAUGUCAAAACUUUAACUAAGGAUACCUUGAGUUUGGGGCCUCUCAAGCCAAAAAAUGUAACUAACGAUACCUUGAUGAUUGAUGAAGAUGAUCUUGCCUCGGAGUCCAAAAUAAAAGACGUGGAACCUUUACCGAUAAAAAGAGUAGAAUUUUCCAAAACUGAAUUGUCAGACUUGCCUCAUACAUUAUACAUUAUUGGGUUAGACAUAAGCGGCAAAGGCAUUAGAACUAUUAUGCCUGAAGCUUUCGAUGAAAUGUACUGUUUAAAUCGACUUGAUUUAAGCAAAAAUAUGUUAAAAGAGAUCCCAACAUUGGCAUUUCAAGGACUUACCAAUCUAAAGGUUCUGAAUUUAAGCCAUAACAAAUUACCUGAAAUACACAAAGAUACUUUUAUGUGUGUAGUAAAUUUAGAAAUUUUAGAUCUGGAAUCAAAUUUAAUAACUUAUUUAGAAAGCAGUACUUUUAACUAUAUGGAAAAAAUAAGAAAUGUAAAUUUAAGUAAAAACAGGAUAAGUAAAAUCGUAUAUAGAUUUUCGCAAUCAUUUUCAAAUGUACUACUGAAUUUCAAUGUUCUUGAUCUUGAAGAUAACUUUCUGACAUUAGUUACUCCCGGUAUGUUUGCAAAUUUUCGAUAUUUAGAAAUACUUAAUCUGGCUAAAAAUCGGAUUCUUGAGUUUAAAAUUACACCUGGAUUUAUGUUUCGCCAUCUUAUUUCUAUGAAUUUGUCUGGAAAUCGCUUAAGUGAUUUCGAUGCGGUAGGAUUUAGAAAUACUUUUGUUAAUUACAAUUUACGUAUUGAUCUGAACGAUAACGACUUUCCAUGUUUAACGAUACACAAUUUACUGCCUAGAUUGGAGGGAUUAAAAAUAUCUUUUGUGCUACAAAAGUCUUAUGAUUCAGGAUUUCAUAAAUAUUUAUAUAGAUGUAAAAUGGAAGAUGAGCCUGUAACGAACUAUACCAUAGAAGAAUCUAGCCUUUUGAAACAAAUCGGAAAAGAAGCUGCUCCAGUUAGUGAGUCGCCGAUCGAUGUUCAAUCAUUUGUUGAAAAAUUAACAAGUGAGGUAUCUGAGACGUACGGCACAUUGCGUCUCCUUAUGGGAGCGAUUUCUGCUGUAUUGAUAAUUAUGAUUCCGGUGAUUUUCUACAUUUUUGGUGAAUGCGACCUGCGAAAAGUUUGCCGACGCAAGAGGAGAAACUCACCACAGCGACGCCCGGGAAUUCAAUAUGGACCUUGCUAUCAAAUAUCUAAAUAAUGAUUUGGAAGCAUCUUAUUCACUUAAUGAUAUAUUUCCGUUUCAUUACCGGAUUGCUGGAUGAUGUCGGAUAUAGCACGUACCUAGACAAUUACAAAUAUUUUAUUGGACCUUGUUUGAAAGGCUAUGACCUGAAACAUGCAGAUAUUCGAAUAUUUAAAGAUAUAGCAGAAUACCAAAAGAGUGCUUCAUACAAUUCGAGUCUCAUUAAGAAGCGUAGAAUGCACCCCUUAAUAAAACACGACGUGAUCAUUCAAGGUCCGCUGGACUUAGUACCUAGGCAUGGAUUUUCUUCUGGCGAACAAACCUUCGUU